GUCAAUUGUCAACAUAUGACAUGAUAAGAUAACACGAAAGGUCAGACUUUGUGUUAGUUUAAAUGUUAUAUAUCUGCUUUAAUCUUAAUUGUCAAAUAUGUUGUUAGUUUUUAUUCCGUUUUUUCUAACUGUGAAAGGGAUUUUCAGUGCAACAUCGUGUCCAGAUGGAUUUGAGCCACACCAUGGUUCCUGCUAUUUUUUCAGCCACGAUAAAGAAACAUGGACAGGAGCCUAUCAAUCUUGUAAAAUCUUCGACGCAAUGCUGGUUGAGGUCAAUUCCGCCGACGAAGACGCUUACCUUUCUUCAAAAGCACGAACCCUCGGAAACUAUUGGUAUAUUGGACUGAGUGACAAACUAGUUGAGGGAGAAUAUAUCUGGGAGUCUAGUUUACAGGUACUGACAGGUGAUGCGUUCUCUAACUGGGGUGUUGGGGAGCCAAACGGUGCUGGCGAUGAAGACUGUGUUGUUUACGCACCAUCCAUAAACUAUCAAUGGGGGGACGUUAUUUGCACCCGGACAGAACACUACAUAUGUGAAAAGAGCGCAGACAACGAACAGAUAGUCGGCUGACGAGACACUAAUUUACAUUGUUUGUAGUAAACAAAGUAAAAAAUAAACUAUGAAUGAUAUCGUUUA